AGCUACAUAAGCUAGCCUUCUCAGCCGUGGUGUCAUUUUUUGUAUAUUUUCAAGUUUUACACGAAAAAUGUUGUGAUUUAGUGAAACAUUAGUCGUAUUAAAAAUCAAAAAAGAUUUUUUAUUGCUACGAUUGCAAGUAAAUCGUUGGUAUCGUCGUUAGAUCAUUAACGUCAGUUAGAUUAUUAUUGAUUGAAUGCAUCUAACCUUAAAAUUGUCCAAAUUUCAAGCACGUGUUUGUAAUAUCGAUUGCAUAUUGACAAGGAACAUCAAAAAGAAAAACAUUCCGGCGUAUUCAUUAAGUGCGCAUUUUCCGGUUUGUUGUUCGAACCGGCUAGUAUGCUUUAUAAGACCAGUAAUAUUCCAAGCAUCCAUUUAUAUACUUUUGUGUUUAGUGAACGUUAUACAUUUUGGAACGUAUAUAAAGUGAAAUAGUAUUUAUUAUACUAUUAUAGUGCAUCGUGAAAUAGUAUUUAGCAUACUAUUAUAGUGCAUUGAGACUUCGAAGCUUAAAUCUCUUAUAUAUUCGUAUACAUUAUUUUGUAUUAUUAUUUGUUUAAGUAUCAUUUAUAUUUUGGACCAUUAUUUUUUACAUUAAUUAGAAACAAUGAAGGUUAUAAAGGCAGAGAAGCUAUGUGAGUUGCAACAAGAUCCUGCUCGUAUUCGUAAUAUUUGUAUACUUGCACAUGUUGAUCAUGGAAAAACCACGUUAGCAGAUUCUCUUGUUGCAAGUAAUGGUAUCAUUUCUAAUAAACUUGCUGGCAAACUUCGAUAUUUGGACAGUCGACCAGAUGAACAACUAAGAGGAAUUACAAUGAAAUCUAGUUCUAUAUCUCUUUAUCAUGUUUAUAAUAAUAACGAAUUUAUGAUAAAUAUCAUUGAUUCUCCUGGUCAUGUUGAUUUUGCAUCAGAAGUUUCAACUGCGGUUAGGUUAUGUGAUGGUGCUUUUAUUAUCGUUGACGUUGUCGAAGGGAUUUGCCCCCAAACUCGCAGUGCUCUUUCUAUAUCCUAUAUCGAAGGUCUCAAGCCUAUUUUAAUUUUGAAUAAAAUUGAUAGAUUGAUAACGGAGAUCAAAUUGUCGCCAUUGGAUACUUAUUUUCAUUUAAGACAACUUUUAGAACAAGUUAAUGCAGUUAUGGGAGAAUUAUUUGCAAGAGAUAUAAUGGAACGCGAAGAUAAAGAACAUACCAAUACUUCUAAGAAUGAGAACGUUACGGAAACAAAUCUAUCCAAUUGGCAAUCUGUACUUAAUGAAGUCGAUGAUUCUAAUUUAUAUUUUUCACCAGAACAAGGCAAUGUUUUGUUUGCCAGUGCUGUCGAUGCUUGGGGAUUCAGUAUAAAAGAAUUUGCACAAUUUUUUUCUACAAAAUUAGGCUUCAGUGAAAAAGUUUUACUAAAAACUCUUUGGGGAGAUUAUUAUUUAAAUAAUAAGACAAAAAGAAUUAUGAAAGGAGCCCAAGAGAAAGCAAAGAAACCUUUAUUUGUACAUCUUAUUCUUGAUAACUUAUGGACUUUAUAUGAAACUAUAGUUGUAAGAAAAGAUAAAGAUAAGAUACCCUCCAUUGCUGAGAAAUUAAAUAUUAAAUUAACGCCAAGAGACUUAAGGCAUACAGAUCCUAAAACACAAUUACGUGCUGUAUAUUCUCAAUGGCUUCCUUUGGCUCGAGCAUGUAAUAAUAUGGUAUGCGAAAUAGUACCAUCACCACGUAAUUUAUCCGAAGAAAAGAUUGAACGUUUGAUUAGCGGAAAUACUGAUUUUUCAACUUUACCUGAGGAAAUGAAACAACUUAAAAAAGCAUUUUUAGCUUGCAAUUCUUCAUCAGAAGCACCAGUAAUUGUAUUCAUUUCUAAGAUGUUUCCAGUAGAUAGAGAAUCUUUGCCAGAAAAUAAAAUAAAACUCUUAACUUCGGAAGAGUUAGCACAAAGAAAACAAGCUGCUCGACAGAAGCAUGCGGAGAUGAUGCUACAAAAACAAUCAUCUCAGGAAAAAUCUAAUGGAGAGUGUGUAGAUAAUUCUGAGAUAAAAUUAGAUGAAGAACCUUUGACGGAUAAUGAAAACACCACUUCUUUAUUAGCAUUUGCAAGAAUAUAUUCGGGUACGCUUAAAGUAGGUAGCGAAAUCUAUGUCCUUGGACCAAAACACGAUCCUGUUAAAGCUUUAGAGUAUCAAAAAGCAGGAGAAGAUAUAGCUGCAGCUACGUUAAAAGAUUUGAAACCCGGAAGACAUAUUACUAAAGUGACUAUUGAAAAACUGUUUCUGUUAAUGGGAAGAGAUCUAGAAUCUAUUACCGAAAUUCCUGCUGGUAAUGUAUUUGGUAUAGGUGGAUUAGAAGAGCAUGUAUUAAAAACUGCAACUUUAUCCAAUACUAUAAUUUGUCCAUCAUUCUCUGAAUUAACAUCUCUCGCAGUUCCAAUUUUACGAGUAGCAUUAGAACCAAAACAUCCAAAUGAUUUACAAAAACUGAUUAACGGAUUGAAGUUACUUAAUCAAGCUGACGCAUGUGCCGUGGUGCAGAUUCAAGAAACGGGUGAAAUUAUUUUGAAUACUGCUGGUGAAGUACAUCUGGAGAGAUGUUUGGAAGAUCUAACAUCACAAUACGCGAAGGUUGAAAUAAAUGUUUCUGAACCCAUUGUUUCCUUCAGGGAAACAGUUGUACCACCUCCAAAAGUGGACAUGGUAAAUGAAGUUAUCGAAAAGAAGGUAGAAGAAAUUAAUUUAGAAACGUGGACAGUUAAUCGACAAUGCUGUUUUGAAAUCGAUGCUAAGCCACUUCCAGAAAAGGUAACGAAACUAUUAGAGAAACAUGCCAAUCUAAUAAAGUGGAUGGAUCAGAAUUUCAAUAAAUUCUCUAAAGAGAAAGAAUAUUCCUCGAAAGUUGAAAAUUGUCCCGAUCAGAAUGGAUUAUCUACUUACAAUUCAACCGCAUUGGAUAAGCAGCAGAAAGCAAUGGAAACUUUUGAAAGCGAUUUGAUGACUGCCUUUAAGGAAGCUGGCUGGAACAUAAGUUUAGACCAAAUAUGGUCAUUUGGACCACGAAAAUGUGGACCUAACAUUUUAUUAAAUGAGACGGAUUAUAAUCAUCGUAAUUUUUGGAAACGACAAACUAAAUCGACCGAUCCUCGAGUUUCAUAUGACAGUAGUAUGGUUAACGGCUUCCAGUUAGCUACGCUCGCUGGGCCAUUGUGCGAAGAACCAAUAAUGGGUGUUUGUUUCAUUGUAAAAAAGUGGCAAAUAUUUCAAGAUACAAAUGGCGUAAGUGGAAGUCAAAGUCAAGGCCAUCUUGGUGGUCACUUGAUGUCAGCGUGUAAAGAAGCUUGCAGAAAAGUAUUCAAUUUAAGACGUCCACGGUUGGUUACGCCGAUGUACAGUUGCAAUGUCUUGGCCAAUUCGGAUGUUCUUGGCAAAUUGUACGCAGCAUUUGGAAAAAGACAAGGUCGUAUUAUUUCCGCUGAAAAUACUUUGGGUUUCGGUGGACAAUUUCGUGUUCUUGCUUCGUUACCGGUUCCUGAAAGCUUUCAACUUGCGAGAGAACUAAGAACACAAACGUCCGGAUUGGCGAGUCCUCAGCUGGUUUUUAGCCAUUGGGAGGUAAUCGAACAAGAUCCAUUUUGGGUACCAUCCACGGAAGAAGAAUACCUUCAUUAUGGCGAAAAAGCAGACAGUGAAAAUCGUGCGAAAAAAUACAUUGACGCAGUAAGACGUCGAAAAGGUCUUCCCGUUGAUUCUCAACUAGUUACUCAUGGAGAAAAACAACGAACUUUGUCCAAGAAGAAAUAAGAAGAAUGUUUAAAUAGAUUUAUCUAUCCUCUCCAUUACAAAGUCGGUUAGAUUAGAAAAUUAUUGUACUAUAAUUUUUUUUAAUAUUGUAAGUUUUGUAAAAAAAAAAAAAAAAUUAGUUAUAUAUCUAUAUUAGGUCAUUCCGAAAAUUUCUUGCUAAGAUAAGUUGCAUAAUAUUGUAUGCGUAAUAUUUUGUAUGUU